CCCUUUGGUACUUGUUCCUCAGUCGGUGUGUGAAGGUUGUGGCGGAGGGCAGCUGCAGCAGCGACGACGGCCGUGUGCUUGAUUGAGGCCUCUUCGACCAAUCCAAAAAGGGGACAUCCUCAAGCUCCCCUAGAACCUCCUGCCGAAGAACUAACUGCUCGCUAUCAGUCUGCCCGGGAACGUUUGAUGGCCGCCGAGUGGAGACUCCUCCGAUGUCAGACACCCCCCUUUCAGAAGGCGCUGCUUUGAACUGACGAUGAUUCCUGACCCUCGCCUCUGCAACAACCAUCAUCAACAUCGGCAUUAUCAUUAUCAUCACCGUCGUCCGAACUUUUGUUUUCGUGAACCGUAGCAGCGUGGCUUCGCCUCCUCCGUAGGCCGAGUUUUCCGUUAAUGGAAUCCUGUGCGAGAUAAAGAAGAAGAAGAAAGAAGUUUGAAUCAAUACAUUUCGUUGUUUCGUGAAAUAUAUUGAAUUUUAACAACCUUUCUCAAGUAGGAAGUCUUCGCGUCGCCUGCGUUGCCUGCUGUUUUCUAGAGGAAACUUGCUUCGAAGAGAUAAAACAACUCUCCAAACACCAAGAGGAAGAGGAGGGAGAGGACGGCACUCUUCUUCGUUUGGUUUCCAGCAGGAAUUUCGAACUUUUCGAAGAGGAUAAAGAGAGAUAUGCCUUAUCUCCAGGGUACUGGCAAGAAGCUGGCGGGAUAAGGCGCUGGAUUUGAAAGCUCCGAGAUGUUUGCCAAAUCUUGUUCUAGAGUUCUGUGAUUCUGAGAGUACGUCAGUAUCCCAAGGGCAGCCAAGGAACUUUGUAGACCUAAGCAUAGGCCUACUAUGCUGUAUAACUCAUUCAGUGCAAGCAGGCAGCUAGGAAGCACUGACAUUUUACGUUGAGUGAUGAAAACAUUGACGAUAGUUAGAAAACAAAAGUGAUCUUUAAAAAAACUAACAAGAAUAGACUGAAAACGAAUGAAAAAUAUAAAGAACUAAACGAAAAGAAAACGAAACAUUUUGAAUUACUCGUUACAGUUUCUUCAACCAGCAGAUUUCUUAACAAAGACUACUUUACUAGUGUCAAGAAAAAUUACGAAGAGACUUAUAUAUUGCAACUCUGAGUGUUUUAUGGGCAAAGAUGAUAACAAUGACUCAUUUUACUUGUAACUGAAUGAUUUAGUAAUUACUGGCUACUGCCGGGGAGCAGAGUUGAAGAAAUUCGCUUAUCCAUUAUUUUUAUCGACUGCUUACAGUAUAAUUAGAGAGAAAAAUGCCUCAGAAAUGCAGAAGGAAAAGAGAGAUGAUUAUUGUCGACGAGCGGGAACCGGUUGGGGAGCUGCCGCCCCCCUUCCCCCCUCGAAAUGUCGUCGUCAAGGACGACGACGACGUCAGAAAAUUCUACGACCUCAGACGCGAAAUCGGAAGAGGGAGAUUCGGUACUGUGUACCUGGUCAACGAUAAGGAGACUGGCCAGAAGUUUGCAGCCAAAUUCGUGAACACGAAGAGGAACCAGGACCGGGCGAACGUCGAGCGGGAGAUCGAGAUUAUGAAGGCGCUCAACGCCGAAAGGCCCCACCCGAGACUCAUCCAGCUGUACGAUGCCUUCGACAUGGCUAAGGAGAUGUGUCUCGUCCUGGAAAUUGUUGAUGGCGGCGAACUGUUCGAACGUGUGAUUGACGACGACUUCGUCUUAACAGAAAGGGCUUGCACAAUUUUUGUCCGACAGAUUUGCGAAGGUGUAGAGUUCAUCCACUCGAAGAAUAUUCUUCAUUUGGAUAUGAAGCCGGAAAAUAUUCUCUGUCUGUCGAGAGAGGGCAACAGAAUCAAGAUCUGCGACUUCGGGCUGGCGAGGAAGUACGACCCCAGGAAGAAACUUCAGGUUCUCUUCGGUACCCCGGAGUUCGUGGCCCCGGAGGUCGUCAAUUUCGAACCCAUCAGUUUCGGUACCGACAUGUGGAGCGUUGGUGUGAUUACUUAUGUCCUAUUAUCCGGAUUAUCCCCCUUCAUGGGCCACAACUACGUCGAGACAAUGACCAACGUCACUAAAAACAAGUACGACUUUGAGGACGAAGCCUUCAAGAGCGUGUCCGAAGAUGCCAAGGACUUCAUCAGAAAACUUCUGGUGCUCGAUAAAAGUUUGCGCCUCACUCCAGCUCAGUGUCAGCACCAUGGCUGGCUUAAGCGACCCCCACCUGUCAGCGGUCGAAGACGUUUGUCAGAACGCGAGUUGGAAUCUGAGUCAGAAUCUGAGGAAGAGACUGAUCUGGAGGACAUGAGUAUAGAGGAGAAAAUAUUUAGGGAAGAAAAGGAAAAUGAGAAGGACAGAAGAAAGAGGGAAGCUGAGGUACUUCGACAGGUCGAGUAUAAAAGAAAAGAUCUGGAGAAGCAAGCAGAAAUAAAGAAAAAAGAAAUAGAGAAGCAAACCGAGGUGAAGAAAAGGGAGUUAGAAAUACAAGAAGAAACAAAGAGAAAAGAAGCUGAGAGGCAAGAGGAAGAAAAGAAAAAGGAAAUGGAAAGGCAGUCAGAACUGAAGAAAAAGGAAGAGGAAUUAGAACUAACAAAGAAGCAGCUGAAAGAAUUUGUAGACCGUUGGAAUUCACACCCAAAUUCCCCAUACCUGAUAGGUACACCUAUUGCACUGGAUCUACAAAGAAUAGUCAAAACUGGAGGCUGGACCUCCAGAGAUUCAUUUGCCUCUGUGGUGGUUGGUCCUCCAUCUGACCCAGGAGAUAUCUCAGAGCCGGAAGAAGAUUUAGAUAUUGUUGAUCAGGAUGACUUCAUUAGGUACACAAUAGAACCACAAAAAACUUUAUCAAAGCAACCUUCUCCAGAGGAAGUGGCUAAAGAACUCGAGGAGAGAUUAACAAUAUUGCAACAACAGGAACUGAUAAACAACAAAGAAAAUGAGUCUCAACUUAAUGAGGUUAAUGACUCUGAAGUGGCACUUCACAACAAAGCCAACAAAGAAAAAUCCAGAGCUGAAGGUACUGAAGCUACUAUACCUAAUCAUAAUGAAUUGCAAGUAAAGAUAGAAUCUACUAAAGGUGGAAAGAAGAUACCAGAAACUAAUAUGCCGAAGAAACCUUUAGAUUCCAAGCGAAAAACUGUUGAUGCUGAAAAGGGGCCAAAAGAAUCCAAAAUCGAGAAGCACAAGAAGGCAUAUGAAGAACGCAAGCGGAUGAAAAACUUAGAAGAAGAGAAGAAAAAGAAAGAAGUGGCAGAAAAAUCUCUAGAAGUGCAGAACAAGGAAAAUAUCCCAGAGGUAAAGGAAACUGUCGACCAGAGGUCAGCCUCUCUAGACUCACUUGCAUCAACUGACAGUUAUGCUCAUGUUGAAAACCGAAAAGAUAACAUACUAGACACAAAUCAUAUACAACCAUUAGAUGUCAAAGUUCAGAGACCAGAAUCUCCAGUGAAGGAAAAAGAACAAACAAAAUCGCCAGACGUGGAUAGCGCUACUGAAACACUUAGGAAGAUCAAUGAAAAACCCUUAAGUGAUUACAAGAAAGAAUAUGAAGAGUACUUGAAAAUGGUUAAUGAAGCGCAAAAGAAAACUGAAGAGCCUCAGGUACAAGGUGAGGCAAAGAAGUCUAGUUCACCACCAACAAGGAAUAACAAUAAAAAGCAAAAUGAGAUUAAACUGCCUACAAAGAAAGUUAUUGGCAUUGAAAAGUCAGCUAGUGUUAGUGCAGUGAAAGACUUAGAAAAGAAAGAAGCAAAUAAAGUUGGGAGGGGUGAGAGGAAGUCUGGCUUCAGCCUGAAAAAUCCCUUUAGUCAAAGAUUUGGAUUUGGGAAGGAUUCCUCUGUAAAAUCAAAAUCACAGCAACAAACUGCAGUCGAAGAAGAGCCUUCUAGCACAAAACUAAAAGAAGUCGAUAUUGAAGAGCAUAAGAAACUUUAUCAAGAAUACCUAAAAAUGGUAGGUGAUAACCAAACUAAAUCAGAUGUUACAGCACCAAAUCAGAAUGAGGUGGAAAAUAAAACAAAUGCAAUGAACAAGUCUUUAGAUCAAAGAGCACAUGCAGGAAAGGAAAAUAAUCUUUCGGAAAGCAGCAGAGAACUACAACGUAAAGUAAGCGAUAGUUAUAAAGCAAUGGAUCCCCAGAGAAAAAGUAAUGUCAAAACUAUUGAAAACUUACCAAAAGAACCUUUAAAGCGCCCUGAAAUUAUAGCACUUCAGCAUGAAGAGUUUGGAGGCAGUGUUCCAAGGCAAAGGAAAACAUCUGUGCCACGGUAUGAAGUAGGAGAUUUAGUAAGUGAUCGUGCUUCUAGAGGUUCAACACCUGGAUCACCUGUUCCCGAUGGAGCUCAUUCCCCUAAAUUUGACAGAAGUGAUCAAUUAGACCAUAGUUCUAGAGGCUCAACCCCAACCAAACAGUUAAAGAAGCAACCGUCUAGAGAUGUUCCUGUUUCACCUAAGGAUGAACCAGUUCGUCAGAGACGACCAUCAAGGGAUGUGCCAGUAUCGUACACCCCAGGAAGAGAUCUGACACCUGAAGUCACUCCAUCUCUAAGCAGAAAAACUUCUUGUGAAGAACGACCACCAUCAAGAGGAACUAGAGAGGGUACACCAGUAAAUCGAAGACCAUCCAGGGAUGUUCCACUAACUCCAGCUCAGCUUGAGCGCUUAUCAGGUGCCAGUGCUAUGGCUUCUGAUCAAGGGAUAGAACCUCAAGCCUGGCCUGAUCUUAUUGUUGUGCCUCAAGGUGAACACGUUGAAAGCGAUGAAGACUGCAGUACUUUCAAGGAUUCUCUCGAUAUUCCUGUUGCAACUUUAGUGAAGAGUCCAAGUGGGACAUUGUUGUCUGUACCUGGAGUAACAAUAUCACAACAUGACCGUGAUAAAACAGAGACACAGCCAUCAACCAUCAAGGAUGAAAAUGAUCCUACAUAUGUUUCUAAUAAUAAGUUAGUAGCAUGGAUUCUUGACAUAGGAAAUGUACAAAAUCAGCGUAUUGCUCCUUCAUCAACUUCUGAACGUGUAUCCCAGUGGGAAUCUCGAGAUAGCUCUCCAAAACCUGCUGGAAGAUCUUCACGGGAUACGUCACCAAGGCCCAGAGAUAGAUCUCCUCUCCCAAUAGACAGACAUAGAGAUAAGUCUCCAGUUCCAAGUAAACAGCAUCCAAAUCUUUACCCUCUAUCUAGAGAGCCAUCAACAUUAAGUCUCAAAAGUUCUGCUUCAUCUGAAAACCUUUUGAUACAAACUCCAUGGGGUGCUAUGAAGAGAUCUCCAUCACGAACAAAUCUUUCAAAAUCACCAUCUUUUGAAGUUCCUGUUAUUACACUGAAGGAAUCUCAAAAAGCUGAGAGGACUACUGAGGAUUUAUCACAGUAUUCUCAGUCAGAUGAUCACAUGUCAGUUGACAGUUCUACCCGCUCACCAUCUCCAAAAAUGACAAAUAAUCUACUCCUAAAGCAAGAUUCUUUAGAGAUAAGUGAAAUUAAGGAUUUCCAAAUGGACUCCAGAUUAAGUGGUGAACUGCCCCCAAAACCUCCUGAAAAAGGCAAAAUUCCUCAACGAAAUAAGCGAGAAGAAAAUCUAAACAUUAAUAAUGUAUCAAGACCAGAUGAUUCAAAGUCUUAUACUCUUCCUCGAUCAUCAAAACUCAUGAAAACAAGUUCAGUUAGUAGUAUGAAAACACUUGCUGGUGAUAAAAAAGUUGACAAUAAAAAAUCUCCUUCUGCUGAGGACUCUAGUAGUACUGACAGCCUUAAAAGGAAAAGCAAAUUCCCUCCUUCUCCAAAUCAGAAGAAAAAGCUUGGACCUCUCUUGUUCUCAGCACAAGACCGGAUUUCUCAGUUUGAACAGACACAGACACCAGGGCGCACACAACGCCCAAUUAGUAGGACACGCAGUAGUAUGGUGUUUUCAAAGUCAAUGGAAAAAGUUCUUCCUCCCAUUCUACUGGAGAACAGCCUAGAUGAGAACAAGAACGCUAAAACUCCUCUCAUAUCUUGUAAGUCCAGUGACAAAACUCAUGUAAAAUAUCUCACUAAUAGACUUUUAGAUAAGGUUGGAAAAUCCACAGGAGUACCUCAAGGAGAAGUUUUGCAGAAUGUAGAUUCACUCAAUAACAAUGUUGGGAAUAUUAGGAGAAACAGUGUUAUAUUCAGUAGAAGAGACAGCACUGGAAUGACCAAACAUUAAAAACUUUAACCCUUGAAUAGGUCAAAGACUUUUGACAAAAGAUAUAUUUUGGUUUUGUUAUUAUUUUUAAAUCUAAUCCACCCAUACGAAUGAAAUCAAUGCCAGAUUUUAAAAAAACUCUGGUGUAUUUUUGAGCUUCCAUGCCUUGAUAAAUUAACUUGUACUUAUCAAUUAAUGUCUGUCGCAAUGGUUGAUUUUAACACCACUACCUUAGAACUUGUUUCUGGGUGGAUAUCAUUUUGUUGUUGCAGUCUUUGCUGUUUUCAAAGGUAAUUUCACACUAAAUAUAUUUGCUGGAAAGACAUUUUUGACACAAGACAAUCUGUGUCCCUAGAUAUCUGAGAUGAAUUGAAAGUUGCAUGGUGUGAGAGACUGCCUGGUUAGCACUUAUAUUUAUAACUGCUGUAACUCGCCUUCUCCAGUAAUCCAGAAAAAGGUAUUUGUUUGAAGAUAUUAAGGCAAUUUUGACUUAAAUUAUUUAUUUAUUUGUCCAUUUUUGUUGUUGCUUAAGUACUCCAGAUGCAUAGAAUCCAUAGACCUGUGACAAAUAUGUCUGCAUCAUAAGAUGGGAAAAGUCAUGCUAAGAGGUAUGGUCGGCCUACCCUUUUGCCAAGAGUUCCACUUAGAACAUAUCCCACUGUUUUCCCUUUUCUGAACGCUGCAUGCAUUUCCUGAAUGUAAAUAUAAUCUUUUUUUACAAAAUGAACCCCUUUUAAAAGCAAUCCUGUUAAUUUUACAAAUGCUUAAAAACUAUCGUACAGUCUUUGGUCUCGGAAAUGAUUAAGGCUGCUUAUUCUGCAGAUAAGUUUAAUCGUUGCCUGCCAUUUUUAUUGGAUAUAGAAAAAUUAAUAUAAUUGUAGAGAUUAAAUAAUAAUUCAACACAGAAAUUCAUUUGUACCAGUACAUGCCUCAUCUGGACAGAGUUCUAUUGUUGUGGUGGUAUUGUCAGAGACUGCUGGCAACUUUUGAAUCAUUCUCUGUAUAAGCUGCCUCAUUAUGUAUGUAGACUUUAGAAUUUUAUAGUCACUACAUUUUUUCAAGGUUAAUAGAGUUUGAAAUCUUUAUGUCUUGCAUUAGUCCGUGCAUAGAAUGUAUAGAAUGCUUACUUUUUUAAGAUGAUACACCAUACCUGUUUUACAUAAUAGAACACCUUUAGGCUCUGAUAAAAUAUAUAUUUUUUGAAUGGAUACCAUGCAAUCAUGGUAAUUUACCUUAUCACAUUGUAAAACAAUAUACAUCUCUCUGACAAGACUGUAUUUCCCUAUUUGAAUAUUAGGUAAAUUUUUACACCAUAUAGAUUGAUAGUGAAAGUUGACCCAUAGCAAGUUACAACCAUUGCCCUAUCACCUUGCUUCCUGCAGAUAUUCAUUCAUGACCCCUCCAAGAGAAAUCCUUUCAUUUAUAUGGGGAACUCCUUUGUCCUUUUGGUAAAUACUCUUAAGAAUAACUUAGCCUAGAUAGUACCAGCCUUCACAAUCACCAUCCAUUGUUUUUUGGUGAAAGUAUACAUUUCAAAUAACAGAAACUAAUCAUAGAUUAUAAAUACAAAGCAUUCUAGAGUAUUUACUAAGGUCCUCAAAAAGUUUUCCAUGUCAAGUACUUAUUAUAUUUCAAAGCAUGAGCCUUAUCUGCAUCUUCCCUCCUCCUAUUCCUAAUGACAGCACGUCGACCUGCACCUCAAGGACUUAUGCGUUCUCCUACAUUCACCUAGCCUCAUGGAUGGUAGCUGUUUCUGUGGUAGCCAUGAGGCCUCGUCCCAUGGUUGCCCUACUGAUGUGUAAGAAGCUCUUCCCCUGCCUCCAUGAUAGUGUAGUGAGUAAAUGAAAUUUGGGGGUUUCAGCACCCUGAUAAAAAUGGUUGCCAGUGGCAGCCAAACAUGUAAAAGUAGUGAUGGUAGUAGAAAUGCAAAUACUGGAAAGCGCUAAUUG